CAAGAAUAAAUAAACCUCAAUAAUAAUUUUUUUUUUGGAAUCUCUUCAUCUCUUUCCUUUUUACAUAUAUAUUUCUGUUUUCUUUUAUAAACAAUGACUACUGAACGCGAAAAUAAUGUCUACAUGGCCAAGCUUGCCGAGCAAGCCGAGCGUUAUGAUGAAAUGGUUCAAUUCACCAAGGAAGUUGCCAAGAUGGGUAUUGAAUUAACUGUUGAAGAACGUAAUCUUUUGUCUGUUGCUUAUAAGAACGUGAUUGGUGCUCGCCGUGCUUCUUGGAGAAUUGUUUCUUCUAUUGAACAAAAGGAAGAAAGCAAAGGUAACGCUUCUCAAGUUGAAAAGAUCAAGGCUUACCGCCAAAAGAUCGAAACUGAGCUCCAAGAAGUCUGUCAAGACAUCUUGGCUGUUUUGACCGAUGACUUGAUUCCCAAUGCUCAAGGUGGUGAAUCCAAGGUCUUCUAUUUCAAGAUGAAGGGUGAUUACCACCGUUACCUUGCUGAAUUCUUGACUGGUGAUGCCCGUAAGAAUGCUGCUACUGAAGCUCAUGAUGCUUACAAGAACGCUACUGAUGUUGCUCAAACUGAAUUGGCCCCUACUCACCCUAUUCGUCUCGGUCUUGCCUUAAACUUCUCUGUCUUUUACUACGAAAUUCUCAACUCCCCUGACCGUGCCUGUCACUUGGCCAAGCAAGCCUUUGAUGAUGCUAUUGCUGAACUCGAUACCCUCUCUGAAGAAUCUUACAAGGACUCUACUCUUAUCAUGCAAUUGUUGAGAGAUAACUUGACUUUGUGGACUUCUGAUUUGCAGGAUGAAAACGACAAGGCUGAAAACAAGCCUGAAGAUGCUGAAGAAUCAAAGUAGAAGUCUCUUUUGUUUGACGUAGAUUAUUUUUUUAUACAUAAACACACGAAUAAAGUUUCCCCCUCCCCACCCCCCUUUUUUUUUUACUUUAUUCCACCAUGAACCAAGAUGCUCAAAUAUUCAAUGAUAACCAACAAUAUCUUCAUGACCAAUACCUGAGUUCACAUAUACCCGAAAUACCUACCAAGAAGGAAGAUAUACCUAUCAA